UUUAUUUUUUUCUAAUUGAAUCCUCCAAAUACCAGCCAUAGAAUUACUAUACGUUAAAGCCCACUCCAUUCAUGGUGUCCAAAAUUGUGAAUUGAAGCCCACUACACUCCACUCGUUAUAAAUCCUCACCUCCCUCCCUCCCUCUCGCACAGCUCGAAGAACACCAAACCAAACACACUCAAGCAGCGAGCUUCAAAUCCACAUGGCCUCCACAAUGCCGCUCCAUCUCGCGCUGCUCCUGUACCUCCUGGUCUCGCCGGCCGCGGCGGGCGCCUGUGCGGGUGAGAAGUUCCCGGCUGGGAAGACAUACGAGACGUGCGAGGACCUCCCAAAGCUCGGCGCCUCGCUGCACUGGACCUACGACGCGUCCAAGAACACGCUGUCGAUGGCGUUCGUGGCCGCUCCCGCCGCGUCCAACGGGUGGGUGGCGUGGGGGCUCAACCCCACGGGCGAGGGCAUGGCCGGCGCGCAGGCGCUGGUGGCGCUCAAGGGGUCCGGGUCCUCCGCUCUCACCGUGAAGACGUACAAUAUCACGGGCUACGUCCCCCUCGGCGGCGCCUCGACGCCCAUCGCGUUUCCGGCCACCGACCUCGCCGCGGACGCCGGCAGCGGCGGCAAGAUCCGGCUGUACAGCAAGCUGCAGCUGCAUAAGGGGAUGAAGGCGGUGAACCAUGUGUGGCAGGUCGGGUCGUCCGUCACCGGCGGGGCGCCCGACAAGCACGCGUUCGGCGCCGACAACCUCGCCUCCAAGAGCAAGCUCGUCCUCGCCGGCAAGGCCCCCGCGAGUUCUCCGGCGCCAGCCCCCGCGCCGGAGGCCGGCUCGGGCGGCAGCGACAGCGGUGCGGCGUCGCAAGUGGCGCCAUCUGCCGGAAAGUCCGCGUCCGCGGCGGCCGCGGCCGGCGUGUCGGCGCCGGCACUCCUCGCGCUGGCAUUGGUGGGUUUCUUGGCGAUGGUAUGAUAGCCGGAUGCAUAACAUCUGUGAAUGCGGUGAGGACUGGUGGUCGGGGGAGGAAAUAUCACGCUAUUUUUGUUCAUUUUCCUUGCUCUUUUUUCGUUUUUGGUGCUGAAAUAAAAUGGUUUGGUGCACUUGUUGAGCUGUUGUUAGGUAGCACGGUGAUUACUGUAGGCGACAUGGCAUUCAUUCGAUCACAUGGACUUAGCCAUCUCCAAUCGAUUCUUUUCACGCUUCCCGUCCUUUUGUAAAAGGAUUUUUGUUUUGUUAACGUUUAAACGAUUUUCUAUGAUUCUUAUAAUGAAGAGAUUUUUAUUUCUAUUUU